AUGGCGGUCGACUUCGAUGAUUUCGUUCUUUUCCUAGUCAUGGCUCUUUGGAGUCUGAGAAUAAGAAUCCCUGGUGAAGAAUCGAACGAGCGCACGGUCACGCUUUCUAGGAUGCUGUUCACAUGCAUGCAGCAACCUUAUCGAAUAGCAGGGGCACGUGUUGAAUUCGAUGUCCAGACGGCCACCCCUAUGAGUCUCUUGCGAACCUUUGCGUACGCCAAAGCAUCAGACUCAAGAGACAAAGUCUACUCGACGCUUUCGCUCCUGGGACGAGAGCGCGCGCAAGGAUUCGGCUUAACGCCAACCUAUGCUCCCUCCAACACCACAGCUGCAGUCUUCAUCCAAGCAGCUAAAGCAUGCAUUACAUCAUCGGAGGAGCUUGAAGUCUUUAGCGAAACUUACGGUGCCUCACCAGACAGCCAUUUCGGCUUGCCUUCAUGGGUGCCGGAUUGGACUCGAACCGAGGAGAACACCAAUACCAAAUGCAACCUCAUUCACAAGAUCUAUGGGUUUUCAGCCACCGGAAGACCAGGCAUGGCGAGCUCGGCGGACGUGACGUACUCUUACGACGGUCUCAAGGUUCUUGCUCGUGGUAUCUUGAUCGGGAAGGUCAGCAGUAUCGGCGCUGUUGAUGAGGAACCGGACCUGCACACGACAGACAACCUGAAUAACAUAUUGUUCACGCUCAGGUCCUGGAAGCAGCUCUCCAAACCGAAGAGUGGCACUGAAAUGAGGCAAUUCUGUCAGACAGUAACAUUGGAACAGCAUCCACCGCUAGAUGCCUUGGGAUGGGACAAUCCUAACACCUUCGAGGAAUGGGUGAGAAGCCUCGUUCAGACAGGGCGGCGGACAGGUCUUGGCCGCCCAUGGUACCGCCGGCGAUUCUGCCAGCUCAGUCACGGAAGCACAAGCAAGAUGGCCGUGCUUCCAGCGAGCGCCGAAGCCGGAGAUAUUGUUUGCGUAUUUUGGGGCGCAAAUGUGGCUUUUGUCCUUAAGGAAAGAGGCAAGUGGUGUUAUUUAGCAGGAGAAGCUUACGUACAUGGCGUAAUGCACGGAGAGCUGAUAGAAGAAGAGGACCGAGCGUGGAGAGAAUCAGCAUAUUUUGGGAUCGCAUAG